AUGUCAGCUGCCGACAGAAGAACGUCGGCCUCGCACCGCCAAAGAGUCCCUCGUGCUAGUGCUCAGCCAGAUGUUUACUCUCAGAGAAACGCCCAGCCAGAUGGUUAUUCGCAACGAAACGCCCACAUCCGUGUCGAAUCACAUCAACAUGAAUCUCGUUCCGCGACCGUCACUCGCGUCCGAAGCCUUCAUAAGCAACCCGCCCAACCAUCUCAACCCUCGAGGCCAAGGCAGUCCGAUUCUGUCCCGAGAGAUGUCGACCCGACUCCUGCCUGGAACCCCAAGGCCUCCCUGAUUCCUCAUACUUCUGCCCCGCUGGCAUCUCGCAUUUCCGUUCCACCGUUAGCCGCCCAUGCGCCUUCUGCUCUCCAACCCGAGCCUCUGUCUUCCAUGACACUCAAUGCUCAAGAAACUGCCAUCAUUCAGGACCUGUUGUUCGUCUUUAUGGGCUUCGAGGGCCAGUAUGUCCGCUACACCGAUGCCUACCAGCCGACCGAGGAAAAGAGCCGCCUUGCUGGUCCACAGUUCCGCGUAUUACCUGGCCUAGACCCAAGUCUAAGGGACUUGACAAUAUCAAUGUUGAGCAUGGCUACACAUUACGCUGCUGUCGAGGCUUUCGUCGAGGUUCAGAGCAGGGAAGAAUUCGGCGCCGUCAAUCAUGCUCUAUGCGCCGCCAUGAGGAAACUACUCAAGGACUACCUGAUCCUCAUCGCCCAACUGGAACAUCAAAUGCUGACCAAUCAAUCUUUCACCCUUCACGUCCUGAACCUCCACACCAAACCCACUAGCCACAUGAUGUUUCAGCUGUACAGCCUAGCCCAUGAGAUAUUGAAAGAGAACUCCAUGCUUGAGGAGGAUGACGAUGAUCUGGACGAAUCUGAUGAUUUCGAGAACAUCCUAGAGUCUUUGCGAGAAGGCCGAGAUGCUGGUAAUGUCGGCAGAAAAGUGUGCAAAGGAGGCAGUGUGUUACGCUUAAUCACCAAACGCCUGGCUACCAUGUCUGGCGAUCCUGCCGCUCGUACUCUGCUUACCACUUUAUUGCGGGAAUCCUCCAGGCCCUAUAUGGCCAUGUUGAAUGAAUGGCUUCAUCACGGCAAUGUUCGAGAUCCGCAUUCUGAAUUUCUUAUCAAGGAGCAAAAGAGCAUUCGCAGAGAAGGACUGGAGCAAGACUACACCGACGAGUACUGGGAAAAGCGUUACACCAUCCGUCAUGAAGAUGUACCCCCGCAACUGGAAUCUGUCAAGGACAAGGUGCUGCUGGCUGGCAAAUAUUUGAAUGUUGUUCGAGAGUGUGGUGGUGUUGAUGUAUCAAGAGACAUGGACGAUCAAGUCCCUCACACCUUUGAUGAUGUUCGUUUUCUGGAUAACGCCAACUCUGCUUACGCUUUCGCCAAUUCUUCGCUCCUCACUCUGCUCCUCACAACGCAUGCUCUGCCUGCACGCCUUCGCAGCUUAAAGCAUUACUUCUUCUUGGAUCGUUCCGAUUUCUUCUCUUAUUUUCUCGAACUUGGUCACUCAGAGCUUAAGAAGCCUGCUAAAUCUGUUAAUAUCGGAAAGCUGCAAUCGCUUCUUGACAUCGUGUUGCGACAACCUGGAAGUGUUGCAGCCGAGGAUCCCUUCAAGGAAGAUGUCAAGGUUGUCAUGAAUGAGGUCGGCCUGACCGGAUGGUUGAUGCAGGUCGUCAACGUCAAGGGUCUAGAUGCCGACGGUGGAAGCAUCACAUCAUACACACCAGCAGCCAGUGUAAUUGGAGACGACAAAGACAUUAGUGGUUUCGACGCUCUUACAUUCGACUAUGCUGUUCCAUUCCCUCUCUCGCUGGUCGUUUCGAGAGUAACUCUGACAAGAUACCAACUGCUCUUCCGCUACAUCUUGUCGUUACGUCACCUUGAGCAGCUGCUAGUAAGCUCAUGGGUCGACCAUUCAAAAGUCACAAGUUGGCGUCACAAGAGCUCUGAUCGGCGCAUUGAAGACUGGAAACGUAGGGCGUGGUGCUUACGAAGCCGUAUGCUUUGUUUCGUGCAGCAGUUGCUAUACUUCUGCACAAACGAAGUGAUCGAACCAAAUUGGACGGCGUUCAUGACUCGACUGAGCGAGGCUGAAGCGCCGGAAAGUGUGGCCGAGGGCGGAAAGGUCAAACGAACCGUUGACGAAUUGAUGCAAGAUCAUGUCGACUUUUUGGCUACAUGUCUCAAAGAGUGCAUGCUGACCAACUCGAAGCUCCUCAGGAUCAACUCCAAAGUUAUGGCAACUUGCACGAUGUUCGCCAAUUAUACUGCAUCUCUAUCUAGAGGUCUUGCCACAAGCGAUCCAGAUCUUGCUAAGACCGAGGCUGGGAAGCCUGAGCACGAUAGCCAUAGGCUCGAAAAACUCGAUGACAUGCUCAAACGCUUCGAGGACAGCUUCACCAGGCACCUUAAGAUUCUGCUGGACGCGCUGAAUUACCUCGCCGCUACGGAGACCGUGGUCUUCCUUGGACUAUGUGCCAGACUCAGCAUGGCUAAUGAGAACAUACCCGGCCCUGUUUCCUCGGCACCGCCUUAUGGCUGA